CUGAGGAAAGCGGGCGGAGGACGAGGUUCUGCAGGAGGGAGGUCCAGAGCAGUCUGGGAAGUGUAGUCCAGUGAGCUUAGCAGGAGACUCGCGGGGGGCGCCGGGGUUCCGGGAAGAGGCUGAGCUGGGUUGAAAAGAGUCAGCUUAGAGAUCUCCUCCAGGAAGUCUUCCACAUCCCUGUCUUCCCCACGCUCUGCCCAGACCGGAUUGGGUGCCUGUGUGGUGCCAUCGUGUUAUCCUCAUCAUCUUAUUAGACUGACAGUUCACUGGGUCUGGCCCUUGGGGUUGAUCUCAUUAUGCUGCGGCGAAAACCAACCCGCCUGGAGCUGAAGCUUGAUGACAUCGAGGAGUUUGAGAGCAUUCGAAAGGACCUGGAGAACCGUAAGAAACAAAAGGAAGAAGUGGAUGUCGUAGGAAUCAGUGAUGGAGAAGGUGCCAUUGGGCUCAGCAGUGACCCCAAGAACCGGGAACAAAUGAUUAAUGAUCGAAUUGGUUAUAAACCCCAACCCAAGCCUAACAAUCGUUCAUCUCAAUUUGGAAGUUUUGAAUUUUAGAGGCAGAUUAUCUUGCAUGCCAGAGCCCUGGAAUGGAGUAAAAUGAUGGCAGAAGUACAAAUAAGGUUUAGAGAAUUGAGCGCUUGAAGUCAAGCAGAAUGUUUUACUCCUGCAGAGAAAUACUUCUGCAUGAGAUAACUAAUGCUUACCUUUCACUCUAAGUGGAAAUCGAAACUCUAGUUUAUCUCUGGAAAAUUUGACUCUAUAAAACUUGUCUGACUUUUGUUUUUAAAAAUAAAUCUAUUUUUGGAAAA